AUGCGCGCUGGCGCGGGGAACGAGCACCUAGUCUCCCGUCUGGAACUCGCAUCACGCCUGGAGGGGCAUCACGGGUGCGUGAACACGGUGAGCUUCACGCCGUGCGGCGACCUGCUGCUGUCGGGGUCGGACGACUGGAGCAUCGUGCUGUGGGACUGGGCGCGCGCGCUGCAGCGCCUGCGCUGGCGCUCGGGGCACGAGAACAACGUGUUCCAGGCGCGCGCGCUGCCGCACACGGGGAACAGGACGGUUGUUUCCUGUGCUGCUGAUGGCCAGGUGCGGUGCAGCAUCCUGAAAGAGGGCGGCAGUGUGGACACGAAGCGUCUGGCGCGGCACAGGGGGCGCGCGCACAAGCUGGCUGUGGACCCCACCACGCCGCACUGCUUCCUCAGCUGCGGGGAGGAUGGCGUUGUGCGACACUUCGACCUGCGUCAGGACCGCCCCUCCACCAAGCUCCUCACGUGUCAGCUCAUGCGCUCGCAGCGCGCCCUCGGGCUGAACGCCAUUGUCGUCAACCCGCUGCGCCCACACCUCUUUGCCGUGGGUGGGGCAGACGAAUUCGCCCGCCUGUAUGACAUCCGCAGGUUGAUGCCUGUGGAAGCUUCCUCUCUGCCGCCCUCUGACCGCCCUCUGGACACCUUUGCACCGGACCAUCUCAUUCACAACACGCGCGACUACAUCUCCCCCACGGUGCACAUUACCUGUGUGGCCUUCUCAACGAGCGACGAGCUGCUAGCCUCGUACAACGAUGAGCUCAUCUACCUCUUCCUCCCCCUCCACGGCCUCGGCUCCGACCCCCUCUCUGCCCCUGCUGCUGCUAGACGCAGGAACAGAGUGGUGAACUGUCUAGAGCCACACCCGUCCCUGUGCGUCCUCGCCACCAGCGGCAUCGAAUCCAACGUCAAGAUCUGGACGCCCACCGCCGCCCGCCCGAAGCCGCUGCCGCCCAACGCCGCCCAGAUCAUGGCCGGCAACAGCCGGCGGCGCGAGCAGCCGGGCGGCAGCCGAGGCGGCCACACGUGUGCUGUGCUGUCACGUGCUCAUGCCCAUGCUCUUAUUACCAAUUCCUUCCUUCCCACGUGCUCCCCCAUCCACCCCUCCCCCUCUCUCAACCUCGUUUCUGCUGACCUAGAUUACUCCUGA